CUGGGGAAUUCGUUAUGAUGCCGCGUUCAAGUGUACGCGUGGAAACCCUGUAAAGUACGCCGGCACACGGCGCUUUCCAAUGUUCCGGUCCAAAUAAUUGCCAAAUCCCCACGAGUCAACGUCAGGGUCAAUAUUGGGGUACUUUUAUAAACACACACGUCAAUAUAUUUGUGUCUCAUUUUAAAUUGAGAGUUGACAUGCAUGGGUUUCCCGCGGUUCUCGAACGCACCACCUUCAGCAGCCAAGCCAGCUCGCUAGCUGGCAUACUUUUUCUCGCCAUUAAUUCAGAGUUUUGGGCGCUUGAGUCCGAUAUACAUUCAAAGGAAAAAAAAAACGAAAAAAAAAAACUAACAACAUUUGUCCCAAUUAUGUCGCUCGGAGACGGUGAGUCUGCGAGGGGACACAGUGCUCGCUUUGACGAAUCUCCAAAAAGUCCGCGGGGAAGUUCCCCAGGAAAUCCCCGGCCCGGUUAUAUUCUCGUCGACGGCGUGGAGCCACACCGCCCUAACAACAGUGCGCCUUCCUCGGCUACAUUGGAGAGGUGAAAGGCGGCUCGGGAACUGUCAAAUGGUGGAUUACUAACAUUUUACUAAAGUCACGAAAUACGUUUAAAAAAAAAAUAAAAAAUAAUCAAAAUGGAGCCAGCCGACGCGGACAAGAAGCGGAGCUACAGCACGCUAAACACGCUGUACCACGAGAGCCGGCAGGAAAUGGAGCUCCUGGACAAGCAGCUGGCGGUCAAGGACAACAUCAUAGCCGAGCUCAAGGCGAGGCUGGCCGGCCACGAGAGGCUGUGCGUGGCGGUGGGCGACAACCAGUCGGUGGUGGUCGGGCCGUCCAAGUCUCUGCUGGAAAGUUUGUGCAAGGAAAUCUGCAAACUGAAGCACAAGAACAACGAGACGGACUUGAAAGUGGUCAGACAAGAAGAGGAGAUCCAGAGGCUGAGCGAGCAGCUGCGCCAGAAGGAUGCGCAGCUGGAGAGCGCCAAGCGCGGCUCCAAGAGCGACAGCAAAUCGGACGUGGAUCCAGACAAGGAGCUGGAGCUACAGCGGCUGCGCUCGGCCGAGGCCACCAGGGCCGUACUGUGCACUUCGCUGGCCGAAGAGGCCGAGCAGCUGCGGGGCCAGCUGGGUGCCACCGUCCAGGUGUGCUGCCAGCUGAUGGCCAAGCUCGAGAGGAGCAAGGCGGGCGAGGCCCAGGCGGGCGAGCGAGCCGCUAAGCAGUUGCCCGAGUCACCCGACAGACAUACAAACUCACAAAUCCGCCAGCUUGAGGAGGAGAAUCAGCAGCUGAAGCAGCGUGUCGCCUACGUCCAAGGUCUGAACUCGCAGUGGCAGAGGUACGACGCGAGCAGGGAGGACUACAUCCGAGGGCUGUGCCAGCGCAUCAAGAGCGUCGCGGUAACGCCGCUCGUUCCUUCGCUAGGCUCGGCCGGCGCCGCCUUGCUCCGUCAAGAGAUCUCCCGACUCAAUGGGUUGCUGCAAGACAAACUGAGCGAGUGCGCCAGGCUUCGAGGAGAAGCCCGGGAAGCCGCCACGAAAGACCGUGAACGCAUCCAGAUGCUGGAACAGCAGGUUCUUAUCUACACGGAGGACUUUAAGUCUGAGCGGGCCGACCGGGAGCGAGCACAGGGACGCAUUCAAGACCUCAAGGAGCAGAUUCGUUACUUGAAGCAGCAGCUCCACAAACAGGGAGCGAGCAGAGAAACCAGGGACGUCCCCUUGUGUCACGUGCACAUUGGCCACCGAUUUUCAUCCUCGUCCUCACGGCGCCCCCACCGGGACGCUGGGGACCACCUAGCGGCCAGGACCAACACGCAGCGUCGGUCGACCCUCUCCGUGGUGGCGCCCCCACCGGCGGCGGGGGUACCGCAGGAUGCGGCCCUAACGGAGGUCCCGUCGGAUCUGCAGUGUCCGCGCUGCUUGGCCAUCUUCAGCGAGGACAACGCCGCUCAGUACCUCAACCACUGCGAGGAGUGCGCCACCUUGUGAGCACGACUAGGACCCUUUGCACACUACAUGAAAUACCUCAACCUGAACAAAAUAACUUUUACGCUGAACCUUAUCAGCGAGAAUCAUUUAAGACUUUAGCUCAGGUAACACGCUAAAGUCUUUGGCCACCGUGCAGUUUGGCAUCGGCGAAUAGGCAAAUUCCGAUUUUUUUUUUUUUUUUUUUUUUUUUUUUGCGGGGGAAACUAUCCAUUAUUCGCUGAAAUACCUAUUCACUGUUUUUGUGCAAUGUCUUAUAGAAAGAUAUUGUUUUGGCACAAUCUUGGUGACAAGUACAUAUCGUUAGCCAAAUAGCAUAACUUCCCAAGUCAAUUUUUUAUGUUUUUGGAAAACAAGAAAAAAUAUGUCAACUUCAGCAACAAGAAGAGUACAUUUGGGGGGGGGGGGAAUCCAAUGAUUUCCAUCCAUCCAUUUUCUGAGCCGCUUCUCCUCACUAGGAUCGCGGGCGUGCUGGAGCCUAUCCCAGCUAUCUUCGGGCGGUAGGCGGGGUACGCCCUGAACUGGUCGCCAGCCAAUCGCAGGGCACAUCUAAACAAACAACCAUUCGCACUCACAUUCACACCUACGGGCAAUUUAGAGUCUUCAAUUAACCAACCUUGCAUGUUUUUGGGAUGUGGGAGGAAACCGGAGAAACCCACACAGGCACGGGGCCGGGAUUUUCAACCCGAGUCCUCAGAACUGUGAGGCAGAUGUGCUAACCAGUCGUCCAAUGAUUUCCAGUUGUCAGUUUAAAAAAAAAAAAAAAAAAAAAAAAUGUAAACCAUCUUAACAACGAGAAUCAUUCAAGACUGUCUCAGAUAGUAAGCUAAAGUUUUUAGGCCACCACUGGCUCCGAUGUUUAAAUUAAGGCUGAAGUUACAAGACAAUCAAAUUUUCAGGAUUUUAGUUUUUUGUAACGUCACCGAAAUAGGGCGCAAGUCUCUUUUGAUCGACCUUAGCGUGAUUUACAUUUGUGUCAACAUUUUUUCCCACGAAACUGAAACGUUUCCAAUAGUGGUAGAUACAAAUUUUCCUUUGAUCUUUUUCCCCCUACUCAUUGACAUUGUUAGACAGUUGUCUAAAAUGUCACGGACCUUGCAAUCGGAAUAUUUUCUUUUCGUUCAUUGAAACGUAAAGCACAAGAGCACAUAAGAGCAUUAUGGAAAAAAAAAAAAUUCACAAAUUAGCAAGGAGCUAAAAUAUUCUUUUGUUAUGCAUGUUUUUGGACAAUGAUUUUCCAAUAUUGUUUUUUUUUUUUCAGGCCCAAAACUUGUUAAUUUAGCAAACCUUUAUUGACCCCACUUUGUGACAUUUUAGCGACUUACAAUCGGAAUGUUUUUUUUUUUGUUCUUCCAGUCACUGAAACUUUUAUAUCAAACGCUAAGACCUUUGUGUUCAUAAAUGUUAGUACAUUUGCAGGAUUGCACCCAAAAAUAUUUUUACCAAACCCAUUCAAUUUUUAAGAUUUUUGUCAAAAAUGUCACUGACUGUCCAAUUUGAAUAACGUCUAACAAUAAUUGUCACAAUAGCUUUGCUAAAACAAUCAAUGUAAUGGUGGCCCAAGACUUUAUCAGUGUACUUUGAUGCAAACUGUAUAAGCUUCCUCCUGUUUGUUGAAUCACAAAAUCUCAUUUGGUGCUAGAAAUAUAUUCAUAAUUUAUUAUAAUACAAAAAAGCCAUAACAUAUUAUUAUACUGUUAGAUUAUUUUAAUAUAAAAUAAAUAUGUUUACUUAACUCAAUGUGUGCCAAGAAACUGAUUUUGGAGGAUAUGGUGUGUGUCCCCACCCCUUCCGAGCGGAUGCUCUAUUUUUAUAAUAAAAUAUUUUCAUAAAUGA